AGUUUUUUAUGAACGCGCGAUCUGACAACAUCGGUAACUUUUAUCUCGCCGUCAUGGAUAUUUGGAUACUGUUGUCGAUUUUAGCCAGCACCAUCGCUGUUUAUUACUACUUUUUUAAGGACUUAAAUUUCUUCAAAAAGCAUGGAAUUUUACAUAUACCACCGUGGCCUGUCGUGGGCAAUAUGGGGCCGGCAUUCCUUCGCCAGUUAUCAAUGGCCGAAAUUAUUCAAAAAAUCUACAAUCUGAAUCCAGAUGCCAAAUACGUCGGUUUCUUCGACGGCAUGAAUCCAGUAGUGUUGAUUCGCGAUCCGGAUCUCAUUAAAUCCAUCGGCGUGAAGAACUUCGAGUCGUUUCCCGAUCAUCGCGCUUUUAUCGACGAAGUUAAUGAUCCUCUAUUUGGCAAGAAUUUAUUUUCCAUUCGUGGUGAAAGAUGGAAAGAUGUGAGAUCUUUGCUAAGUCCCGCUUUUACGUCUAGUAAAAUGAAAGCUAUGUUUAAGCUAAUGUCCGAUUGUGCUGCCAGUUUCAGCGAGUAUCUUUUCAAAUUGCCUGCCGAUAAAAGUGUUAUAGAAAUGAAAGACUACUUUACCAGAUACACGAAUGAUGUAAUCGGAACGUGCGCCUUUGGGAUCAGCGUUGAUUCUCUGAGAAAUCCUACCAACGAAUUUUAUAUGUACGGAAAAGAGGCUACAACUUUUGACACUCUCCGUACUAUAAAAUUCUAUUUUAUCAGAAGUAUGCCCACUCUCACCAAAAUGUUGGGUAUUAAAUUCGUUAGUAAUCGUGUAGGUCAAUUUUUCAAAGAUCUCAUAAGAAACACGAUAUACACGAGAGACGAGCAAAAUAUCGUACGACCGGAUAUGUUGCAACUGAUGAUGGAAAGUAGAGGAAAAAGAGGACCCGGAAAGGAAUUGACUGUCGAGGAUAUGACCUCGCAGGCGUUCAUCUUCUUUUUUGGCGGCUUCGAUACCGUUUCUACCUUGAUGUGCUUCGCUGUUCAUGAAAUUACCGUUAAUCCAACCGUUCAGGCAAAACUACGUAACGAGAUAGACGAGGUUUUAAAGAAAACGAACGGGGAAUUAACCUAUGAGGCAUUGAACGGAAUGCAAUAUUUAGACGCUGUGAUUGACGAGACUCUUAGACUGUGGUCCAUAGCCGUGGCUAUAGAUAGAUUAUGUGUGCAAGAUUUCGAGUUACCGCCAGCGCUUCCCGGUGAUAAGCCCUUCGUCGUGAAGAAAGGAACAUACGUUUGGUUUCCUAUUUACGGUAUCCAUCGGGAUCCAAAGUAUUUCGAGAAACCGGAUGAGUUUUAUCCCGAACGUUUUUUGGGAGAGAAUAAGAAAAAAUUAAAUACUAACGCGUAUUUACCAUUCGGAGUCGGGCCAAGAAUGUGCAUAGGCAAUAGGUUUGCAUUAUUGGAGACCAAGGUCGUGAUAUUCCAUUUAUUGGCCCGUUGCGAAUUGAAACCGUGCGCGAAGACUUCUCAUCCUUUAAAAUUGAGCAGGGGAAGCUUCAACAUGCUGGCAGAGGGAGGAUUCUGGCUAAAAAUUCAACCGAGAAGUGAUGCUCAUCCUAGUAUACGUACAAGCGUUGUUAAUGGUGAUGCGGCUAAUAGUCAUAUUAUAUACAAUUCUAAUCCAGAUGCAAAAUAUUUUGGAUUCUACGCCACGACAAAUCCAAUAUUUUUCCUUCGCGAUCCAGAAAUCAUUAAAUUUAUUCUUGUGAAGAAUUUCGACGGGUUUCCCGAUCGUCGCGGUUUUAAUGAUUUGAACGAAUCCUUGCUUUCCAACAAUCUGUUCUCCCUUCGCGGACAAAAGUGGCGGAACGUGCGAUCUCUAUUAAGUCCUUCUUUUACAUCAAGCAAGAUGAAAAUGAUGUUCACUUUGAUGUCGGAAUGCGCUGUGGACUUUACUAAUUUUCUGGCGACAUCUAUACCAUUGGAUAAUAGCGACAUGGAUAUGAAGGACGCCUUUGCUAAAUAUACAAACGAUGUUAUCGCCACGUGUGCUUUUGGAAUCAAGAUCAAUUCUGUGAAGGAUCCGACAAACAAAUUUUAUGUUUAUGGCAAUGAGGCAGUUAACUUCUUCAAGACUCGCCCCAUCAAAUUUCUUUUUCUUAGAACCUUUCCGACGCUCGGACGGAUUCUCAAUGUAAAACUUAUAGACAAUCACGUAUCGGAUUUUUUCAAAGAUAUUAUAAAAACCACUAUCGCCACUCGUGAUGCCGAGAACAUUACACGUCCGGAUAUGAUUCAAUUGAUGAUGGAUGUCAGAGGCAAAGAAGGUCGAAGAGAGCUUGAGCUCGACGAUAUGAUCGCGCAAGCGUUCAUCUUCUUCUUCGGUGGCUUCGAUACUAGCUCGACCGCAAUGUCCUUCGCAGCUCACGAACUUGCGGUUAACACAGAUAUUCAAAUCAAGUUGCAACAGGAAAUCGACAAGGUUCUCGAGGAAACGAACGGGGAAGUGACUUAUGAAAUUAUUAAUCGGCUCGAAUAUUUAGAUUUGGUGAUAAACGAGGUUCUCAGAUUAUAUCCACCAGCCUCUGUUCUAGAAAGAGUAUGCGAGAAAGCUUGUGAAUUUCCACCCACAUUACCAGGCGAGAAGCCUUUUAUUGUGAAAAAGGGUAUGACUUUUUGGAUUCCGGUUUUCGCAAUCCAUCGUGAUGCAAAGUACUAUGAUGAUCCGGAAAAGUUUUGUCCUGAAAGAUUUAUAGACAACAAAAUGUACCAUAACUCUUCGUACUAUAUGCCAUUUGGAUUAGGGCCGAGAAUGUGUAUAGCCAACAGAUUUGCCAUGCUAGAGGUGAAAAUCUUGCUGUUUCAUUUAUUAGCGCGAUGUGAGUUGAAACCAUGCGCGAAAACUUCAUUACCAUUAAAAUUCAGCAAGAAAAAUAGUUUGUUGUUAAUGCCGGAAGGUGGAUUCUGGUUAAAUAUUCAGCGCAGAAGCCACGUGCAUCCUGCGAUUAAAUUUACAACACCGUCGUGCAUCAUGGAAUAUAUCGACUGGUCGAUACUGUUAUCAAUUGUGAUUUGUGCAACUGGCAGCUAUUAUCUGUUUAGAAAUUACAAUUUCUUUAAACGACACGGUAUCAUUCAUUUACCGGCUGUUCCAAUACUAGGAAAUAUGACAUCGGUUAUAUUUCGCCAAAUAUCAUUUCCCGAUUACAUCCUCAAGAUAUACAAUUUUAAUCCAGAUGCAAAAUAUUUUGGAUUUUACGUCACGACGAGUCCAGUUUUUUUCCUUCGCGAUCCAGAAAUAAUUAAGUCUGUUCUUGUGAAAGAUUUCGAAGCGUUUCCCAAUCGUCGCGGUUUCAGCGAUUUGAACGAAUCCUUGUUUGCGAAAAAUUUGUUUUCUCUUCAGGGGAAAAAAUGGCGAGACGUGCGAAGUCUACUAAGUCCCUCUUUUACAUCCAGUAAGAUGAAAAUGAUGUUCACUUUGAUGUCGGAAUGCGCUGUGGAUUUCGCUAAUUUUUUGCCAACAUCUAUACUAGUAGAUAACGGCGACGUGGAUAUGAAGGAUACCUUCGCUAAAUACACAAACGACGUUAUCGCCACGUGUGCUUUUGGAAUCAAGAAUACUAUGAAGGAUCCGACAAACAAAUUCUAUGUUUAUGGCAAAGAGGCGACUAACUUUUUUAAGACAAACCGUAUUAGAUUUCUUUUUCUUAGAACCUUUCCGAAGCUCGGACGAAUUCUCAAUGUGAAACUUAUAGAUCGUUACGUAUCGGAUUUCUUUAAAGACAUUAUAAAGACCACUAUCGCCACUCGUGACGCCGAGAAUAUUACUCGUCCGGAUAUGAUCCAAUUGAUGAUGGAUGUCAGAGGCAAAGAAGGUCGAAGAAAACUUGAUCUCGAUGAUAUGAUCGCGCAAGCGUUCGUCUUCUUCUUCGGUGGCUUCGAUACUAGCUCUACCACGAUGUCCUUCAUAGCUCAUGAAAUUGCAGCUAACCCAGACGUUCAGAUCAAGCUGCGGCAAGAGGUUGACAAAGUUCUGAAAGAAUCAAACGGGGAAAUAACAUAUGAAACUAUUAACCAGCUCGAAUAUUUAGAUCUGGUAAUAAACGAGGCUCUCAGAUUAUAUCCACCGUUUGCCUUUUUAGAAAGAAUAUGCGACAAGGAUUAUGAAUUACCACCCGCAUUACCAGGCGAGAAGCCUUUCAUUAUGAAGAAGGGUAUGACUUUUUGGAUUCCGGUUUUCGCGAUUCAACGUGAUGCAAAGUAUUAUGAUGAUCCAGAAAAGUUUCAUCCUGAAAGAUUUGUAGAUAACAAAAUGUAUCACAACUCUUUCUGUUAUAUGCCAUUUGGAUUAGGACCAAGAGUGUGUAUAGCUAACAGAUUCGCCUUGCUAGAGAUGAAAGUUUUGCUAUUUCAUCUCUUAGCGCGAUAUGAGCUAAAACCUUGCACAAAAACUACAUUGCCAAUAAAAUUUAACAAAAAAAAUCUCAUAAUAAUGCCGGAAAAUGGAUUCUGGUUGAAUGUUCAACAUAGAAGCGAUAUGCAGUCUACUUGAAUCUAUAAUAAUAAU